GUAAGGGCUGCUCCCUAAGCUCGGGAGCAGCAAACACCGCCACAGCCACAGCCACGGCAGAUCCCGCGCAGGUAAGGGGCGCGUGACUACCCUGCUCUGCAGCCCCUGGGACACAGCGUAGGACAGGAGUCACCGAAGUUGUUUUCAAUAGAGGCACACUCUUUUGAAGAGUGAAUUCUUUUGUUCUUCAUGCAACCAUGGAUCUGGAUAAACCAUCUGUCUGGGACUCAUUAAAACAGCGGACCAGGCCAUUGCUAAUCAAUUUGAGCAAGAAGAAGGUAAAGAAGAAUCCAAACAAGCCCUUAGACUUAAGGGCAAGCCACCAUUUGGACCGCAGGCUCAGCCUCUCUGUUCCUGACCUCCUAGAGGCUGAGGACUUGGUUCCAGAGGGUCGACCCUACUCAGGUCCCCAGUCGUCCUACACCUCGGUUCCCAGCAGCCUAUCCACUGCAGGGAUCAUUCCCAAAAGUAGUAGCAGCUCUUUGAAACAGUCUGAAGAAGAACUGGACUGGAGCCAGGAAGAAGGAAGCCAUCUCCAUGCCGUGGAAACAGACUCAGAGGAGGUUUACUCCUCUCCCGCUGAGGACCAUCGGGCCUCCAGCCAGGGCAUCUUUGAGUUCCAGAAACCUCCUCUCAGAGUGGAUGCACAAGAAGAGCCUGAGAAGUUACGUGGCAAUGGUGAUCUGAAUGCUUCUUUGACGUCUCAACAUUUUGAUGAACAAUCUACUCUCGAGGAGGCUGGUGAUGGCCUAAGUAACCUCCCCAGCCCUUUUGCAUACCUCCUCACCAUACACCUGAAGGAAGGACGCAACCUGGUUGUCCGAGAUCGCUGUGGCACAAGUGAUCCAUAUGUGAAAUUUAAGCUGAAUGGGAAGACGCUGUACAAAAGCAAGGUCAUAUAUAAGAACUUAAACCCAGUUUGGGAUGAGAUAGUUGUGUUGCCAAUACAAAGCCUUGAUCAAAAGCUGCGGGUGAAGGUGUAUGAUCGAGAUUUAACCACAUCUGAUUUCAUGGGUUCUGCAUUUAUCAUUCUCAGUGAUCUUGAACUUAACAGAACAACUGAGCAUAUUUUAAAAUUGGAAGAUCCAAACAGUUUAGAAGAUGACAUGGGAGUGAUUGUGUUGAAUUUGAACCUAGUAGUAAAACAGGGUGAUUUCAAGAGACACCGAUGGUCAAAUCGGAAGCGCCUGAGUGCCAGCAAGUCCUCUUUGAUACGCAGUCUGCGGCUCUCAGAGUCCUUGAGAAAGAACCAACUCUGGAAUGGAAUUAUAAGUAUAACUUUGUUGGAAGGGAAGAACGUCUCAGGAGGAAACAUGACCGAAAUGUUUGUCCAGUUAAAACUGGGAGAUCAGAGGUAUAAAAGCAAGACACUGUGUAAGAGUGCAAAUCCGCAGUGGCAGGAACAGUUUGACUUUCACUACUUCUCUGACAGGAUGGGCAUUUUGGACAUUGAAGUGUGGGGAAGAGACAGCAAAAAGCACGAAGAACGACUGGGCACGUGUAAAGUGGAUAUCGCAGCACUCCCGCUGAAGCAAGCCAACUGCUUGGAGCUGCCACUGGAGAGCUGCCUGGGGGCUCUCCUUAUGUUGAUCACACUUACACCCUGUGCGGGAGUUUCCAUCUCAGAUCUGUGUGUCUGCCCCUUUGAGGACCCCAGCGAAAGAAAGCAGAUUUCCCAACGAUAUUGCUUACAAAACUCUCUGAAAGAUAUGAAGGAUGUUGGCAUUUUACAAGUGAAGGUUUUGAAGGCAGUAGAUCUCCUAGCUGCAGAUUUCUCGGGGAAGAGUGAUCCUUUUUGCUUAUUGGAGGUAGGCAAUGACCGGCUUCAGACACAUACCAUUUACAAAAACCUCAACCCGGAGUGGAACAAAGUUUUUACAUUUCCCAUUAAAGACAUCCAUGAUGUUUUGGAAGUGACAGUGUUUGAUGAAGAUGGAGAUAAACCCCCUGAUUUUCUUGGAAAAGUUGCCAUUCCCUUGCUGUCUAUUAAAGACGGGCAACCAAAUUGUUAUGUACUGAAGAAUAAAGACUUAGAACAAGCUUUUAAAGGAGUUAUUUACUUAGAGAUGGACCUCAUAUAUAAUCCGGUUAAGGCAAGUAUUAGGACCUUUACUCCCAGAGAAAAGCGCUUUGUUGAAGAUAGCCGGAAGCUGUCCAAAAAGAUCUUAUCAAGAGAUGUGGACCGUGUGAAAAGACUUACUAUGGCAGUAUGGAAUACAAUUCAGUUCCUUAAGAGCUGCUUCCAGUGGGAGUCCACGUUAAGAAGUACCAUAGCAUUUGUGGUAUUUUUGGUCACAGUCUGGAAUUUUGAACUGUACAUGAUCCCCCUGGCAUUAUUGUUGCUCUUUGUCUACAAUUUCAUCAGACCCAUGAAAGGCAAAAUGAGCAGCAUGCACGACAGCCAGGAGAGCACGGACGUGGAGGAGGAGGAAGAGGAAGAAGAGAGGGAAUCUGAGAGAAAGGGGUUAAUUGAGAGAAUCUACAUGGUACAAGAUAUCGUUUCCACUGUUCAAAACAUCUUGGAGGAAAUAGCUUCUUUUGGAGAAAGAAUUAAAAACACGUUUAACUGGACGGUCCCGUUCCUUUCAUUCCUGGCCUGUUUGAUUCUGGCCGUAGCCACCAUCACUUUGUACUUCAUUCCACUGCGCUACAUCAUUUUAAUCUGGGGCAUAAAUAAAUUUACCAAGAAGCUCCGAAAUCCCUUUGCCAUCGACAAUAAUGAGCUACUAGACUUCCUCUCCAGGGUUCCUUCUGACGUUCAAAAGGUGCAGUAUGCGGAAUUGAAACUCUGUGGCAGUGGCAGCCCCCUUCGGAAGAAGCGCAGCGCUCUCUAAGACGCACACAGACUCUAGCAUCCUAUAUUGUGCACUCGGUCAGAUCAAUGUCACAGCUAUUUCAGUGGUCCUCUGGGACCUGAAGUGUGUGCCAGGUGGAGACCAUGAUAUGCUCUUCUCUUCUUCAUGUGCACAGAUGCCGACACUCCUGUGCCCACCCCUCCACAUGGGGUGUUCUAUCAUUUGCAUAGAUGUCCAUCCCAGCAAAAGGAACCAAUUCUGAGAUUAUGAAAGACACAUCCACUCUCAAAUAGGAGUUGAAGCAAGGCUCCCAUGGGUCUAAAGUCCCUCCUUAAGAACAACCAAGAGACCACUUGGGUUUGAGAGUGACAAACUGGUUUUCACGCCUUCAAGAGAUUCUGAGAUUCAGUUACUUCUACUUCCCACCCCCACCCUCCUUUCAGAUUAUCAUUCAUGCAAGUUUCAUCUGAAUUAAGUCUAUGGUAGCUAUCUAUUCAAAUAAUGUAUAUUACAAAAAGAUUUUAUAAUAAUUAACAUAGUUACACCCAAAUCUUUAGCAAUCACUACCAUGAACAUAUAUGUAAAUUUUUGGUAACCCCUUGGUGCUGGAUACCAGCCUACAUUAUGGUCCAUUGCUGGCAAUGGAUGCCCCAGGAGGUCCCAAGGGACCACUCUUUGGAAGAAUUAGGGUUUUCUGAAAGUAUUUGGCUGCCUUAAAAAGCCAUUUCUUCUCACUUUAUUUAUUUCCAAAUAAAAUGUCAAUAGCUGGCUUCUGAAAGGCGGGGUUUAGGUGAUGAAUAAAUGAAUUCUGAGUAUUUAGAAAGAUAAAGGUAUGAAGAGAAAAACUAAUAAAUCAGGGUGUUCCCUAAAUAUAAUCAUUUCAUUUUCUCAAAUGUUUUGAACAGAAAGAGUAUUUUGAUGGUCCAAAUUUAUCUUUGGUUCCCUUCUGGUAAAAGUAAGCUAUUGGCCAUGAAAAUUUUAGAACCCUGUUCCUAGAAUUUAGCACCCCAAAGUCCUCUUUUAAUGGCAUUUGAUUCCUGCAUACCCCACAAUUCCUCAGUAAUCCCCUGAAAAAUCUUGAUUUUGUGCAUAUAUAAAAUAUAUGCAAAUCUUUCUGUUUAAAUAAUAUUUAAAGUUUAAAGAUUGUAUUUUAUUGACACAUACUUUGUAUGUGCAAUUUUAUAUAUGUAUAUGUAUUGUAAAGUAAAGUUGAGGUAAAAAGACCUAAUUUAAUAGUGAGUUUACUAUGGUAUUUUUUUUUUUGUUUCUGGGUUGUAAUUUAAUAAUAUCAAACAAAAUGUUUAUGAAAAAUGCCAAAGACUCUAAACCUUAUCAUCUUGUGUCUGUUUUUCUUCAUAUUGCAUCUUCCUGGGUUUCUUUCUGGCUGAGCCAGAUUUCUGCAUGAUUUGAUUUACUUCAAGUUAAUGAAGCUGGCUGGAAAAGAGCCUUGCAGAAAUUAUAAAAGCCCCAGUAAAUCUCUUAGUUGUACAUACAAUAGAUACCCAAGAACCUCUUUUGUUAAACCGGUUACUCAAUCUUCUGUGUAAACAAUGCCUCAUUGUCUUGCUCCCAACUAUCAUCCAGUUUAUCAUAGUCUGUCAUUUUGUAACGACCUAAGUCAGACAUUUUUAAGCAGACAUGUGAGAUCUGAUCAGUCAUUUCAAUGAAAACUUUCAGCAGCAAAAUAACCCCUUAUUUAUUUAAAAGUGGAACCAAUGCUUUAUUGUUGUUCUUUUGCUAUACAAUUUCAAAAUGAAACAAUUUUCCCUACAAGAAGGCAUCAUUAGUUAGACGUUUUUCCUCUGUAGCCUGACUGGAAUUCUCAGCCUUAAGUUUAGGACACAAACAUUAGCUGAGAUAUAAGAUCAGGCCCAAAUCAACCUUUAAUAGAUUGUAUAUGGUAAACAUUGCUAAUUGAUUAAAUAGACACUGAUUGUUAAAAAAAAAUCAAUGUUAGUUAUAAGUGAAAUGUUAAUAUUGAUGCAAUGACAGGAAUCCCUGAUAUCCUUGGGGGAAGUUCUAAGACCCUUAGUGGGUGCUUGACACCUCAGAUAAUACCAGCCCCUAAAAUUUAAUGCCUUAAAUAAGCACUUAUCACACCCUGUGGUCAUAAUUUUGCAGAUUGAUGUGUGACAGCAAAACUAACAUGAAUUUUUUUCUUCUAAAAUUUCAUGUAUAAAAAUUCAUUUUUAUCCUAGAUCUUAGCAACCUCAGCAUAAGAUUUUUUUUUUUUUUACUUAUCAAAUUGAAAACUUGCAUAUUUUCACUCAAAGGAAGUACUUUCUGGCACAUCCAAAUUCCCAGCAUUAUUACUCCUCGGCUUUGGAACCAGUAUUGAGGGUUCCAUGAACACAAGCACUGCAGUACUUAGUCUGAUAACUGAAAUGGGAACUAAGUGACUGACAGCAUAUACAGUAUGGAAACAUGGACAAAAGGAUGAUUCACAUUAUAGGCAGAAUGGAGCACAAUGGCAUAAGGUAUUGUUACGUUAUUCAGAGUGCUUUGACAUUUGAAUGUGUAGUUUUGUUCCUUCUGGAGUUUUCUAUUUAAUAAUUUUGAAGCAUGGUUCACCAGGGGCAACUGAAACCACUGAAAGUGAAAUUGAGGGUAAGGAAGAACUAUCAGAAGUUUAAGAACAAUUCUAGAAUAAGUGAUCAUGCCCACUAGGGUCUCUCUCCUUCUGAAACCAUUAUUGCCAUCAUGGGAGCCUCACCUUCAUGGAUGGGCCUCAUCUCAUCCUAAUUUCCUGCCCAAGUCCCCAUCUCAAUACCAGGUGAGGAUUAAGUUUCCAAUAAGUAAAUUCUGGAGGAUGCACCAAACCAUAGAAAAAUUAUGCUGGUAUUUGCCAGAUUCUGCUAGAGGUCAGAGUUACCAAAAGGCUUGACUCCCACUGUCUUCAACUGGACCUCCUAUCCUGACACCUAAGGUAUAACAUUUCAAUCUAAGGAACAACAUUUCUAAUAGACCAGUUCACAGACAAGUUUUCAUUGUUCUCUUUCAUGUGCUCCUGUUAGAACAUAGUUCUAACCUGGACAGAUCAGUGUAGUCUAUCCUGGAAAAUGUAUUUCUUGCUUUAAAUAGGAAGUUUACUUUGUGCAAUAUUAUUUAUUAAUCUUUGGCAAUGUUGAUUACCAACUUCUAAAUUAAACUAUGUCUUAUAUUCAGACUUCUUACCUUCAUGUUAAUAGAAAUAUCUAUGGACAGUAAAACAAUCUUUACAUUCUUUGUUUCCUUGUACCGUUAUUUAAUAAACAUUGAUUAAUACUGAUAA